UCUGCCUCUCACACAGACACAGUCAGUACUCUCAGAGUCUGUUUAAAUGUGGACGUCUACUCCUCAGACGAACCUGCGCAGUGACUUUCUACCAGGCCACCAUGCUUCCCCGUACCGUAUCCUUCCUCCUGCUCUUCAUCUUCCUCUCCUCUGGGAUGUCUGCUUCUCUGGUCAGCAGGACAACCCGCGAAGAGGACGGCCCUCCUGCUGUUCCGACCACGUUCAGGGUUGACAUCUCUGCUGCUGUAGGUGUUCCGUCUGAGGUUGAUACCGUGCAGGCAGGUGGCCCGGUUGUUGAUGAUACUCCUUCAGCUGAGGCUGUGGCAGAAGCCCUAGUGACAAAUGAGCCUGUUACAGAUGCCGCUGUAGCUGACGAGGUUGUAGCCGAAGAGCCGGUUGAGGACACCCCAGUUGCUGAUGCUCUGGUAGCAGAUGCCCCUGUAGACGCCUUUAUCAUAACAGAAGAAGAAAAAGAGGCCCUGAUAACAGAAGCAAUGAUUAAAGAGUUGUCUGCCCAGGUGGAGAAGGAAGACCUCGCUGAAGAGACAGAGAUUCAAGACGCCACCUUGAAAGAGUUGACAGACCGGGAGACCCUUGAGAAGGCAGUGGAGGAGCCCAUUGUAGAGGCAGCAGAGGCAUAUGCUCCAGAGGAGGAUCCAGCCAGCUCUGAGAUACUUGUCUUCGAAGCCCAGGAAGAGGACUCUGGAUGGGGGUUGGCUUCCAUCAGAGAGAGCCUCCAGGCAGCCAACGGAUACUUUGACUCUCUUGUGGAACUGAUGGGGGGACGCAAUGGAGUGUGUCAAUACAAAUGCAAAUACGGUAAAACACCUGUGCAUCGCUAUGGUUACGUGACCCCAGAGCCCAACGGUUGCAGCUCCAACCUCCUAGGAUUCCAGGUACCAGACGGUUUUGACAUUGGCAUCCCAGCCAUGACUCAGUGCUGUAACCAGCUGGACAGUUGUUACGACACCUGUGGCUCCAACAAGUACCGCUGCGACUCCAAGUACCGCUGGUGUCUCCACGCUAUCUGCUCUGACCUGAAGAAAAGCUUGGGUUUCGUGUCAAAGGUCAAAGCCUGUGAGACCGUAGCAGAUGCUCUGUACAACACUGUGUGGACGCUGGGCUGCAGAUCCUUCAUGAACAGCCAGAGGGAAGCAUGUUACUGUGAGGGAGAGGAGAGGGACGAGCUGUAGAGGACCAGGCUGGAACACAACACAACACUACUCAACACGAGAGAAAGCUGGGAGGAGAGGGACGAGCUGUAGAGGACCAGGCUGGAACACAACACAACACUACUCAACACGAGAGAAAGCUGGGAGGAGAG